AUGGAACGCGCAAUGUUUGCUUUCGAGAACAGAAUUCUCACAGGUAUUCAUGCAAUAAAAGAGCAAGAGCAAGUCGAAGAGCAGUUGGCCUACGGCACCACGGUGGACAUGUUCGACGAGUAUCUUCACGUCGGGAAUACAACUGGCCGGGAGUGUCUGGCAAAAUUUUGUGAGGGCGUGAUUGACACCUUCGGUGCCACAUAUUUGCGCAAGCCGAAUGCCGAAGAUUGCCACUUCCUGAUGGGGAUGCACGAUAGGGAGUGGAAGAAUUGUCCGGCGGCGUGGAGAGGCCAAUUCACCAGUGGGUAUAAGGGUACCCACCCGACGAUAAUCCUUGAAGCCAUCGUUGAUCACCGUCUUUGGAUCUGGCAUGCUCACUUUGGCGUGGCGGGAUCAAACAACGACAUCAACGUGCUGAACACGUCGAGUCUCUUCACCGAGCAAUGCAAUGGCAAUAGUCUGACGAACUCCUUCCCAACGGAUGAGAGGAGAGCCGUUUUUGCACAGCGGCAAGAGUCUGCACGGAAAGACGUGGAACGAGGAUUCGGUGUGCUUCAAGCGCGUUGGGCAAUAGUGAAAGGUCCAGCUCGUUCCUGGUACAGGCAUCAUAUCGCCAAUAUCAUGUACGCGUACAUCAUCUUGCACAACAUGAUUAUUCACGAUGAAGGUCCAAGAGCAAGCGAUUGA